UUCAUUUCGAAAGCACGUUUAAUAGUUAGAGGACAUUGACGAGGUCUGACUAGAUUAUUUCCCUUUAACAGAAUCCAGAAAAGUCGGUGAAACAGCCCAUCAAUCGUCUAUCAACUCAAGCUGUCACAUGGAGUCCAAUAUGAGUGUUCUUGACGUACGAUCCGGAUGUCAAGGUGGACGUGCAUAGCUUCAUACAGCUCCCAUCUCUGAAGAAAAGGUGUAAAAGUUUGCUAUACCAACAACCAAUAGCAUAACCUUCUUAAGAACUACGGGGCAUCUCAUUGAUCCAAAUACUGGAACAGUUCACAGAUCCUUAAGUAUACUAAGCCACCAUUGGACAGGGAAAGUCACACUGAAGGGUUCAAAUGGCUCUGCUAGCCAAUCAGCUCAUGGAUUCAGCCAGGCUCCUGAGUGUCAUGAAUGGGAGGGCGGACCCCCUCCCACACUUCCUGAGGGUCCAGAACCAGGGUCACAUGACCCAGAUCAACACAACCCAGGAAGACACACGCAAAAACAGGAAGUACCCGUGCCCACUGUGUGGCAAGCGCUUCCGCUUCAACAGCAUCCUGUCGCUGCACAUGCGCACGCACACGGGCGAGAAGCCCUUCAAGUGCCCUUACUGUGACCACCGGGCGGCCCAGAAGGGCAACCUUAAGAUUCACCUGCGAACCCACAAGCAGGGGAACCUGGGCAAAGGCUGCGGCCGGGUCAGAGAGGAGAACAGGCUCCUCCACGAGUUGGAGGAGAGGGCCAUCCUGAGGGACAGACACGUCAGGUGUGGUCUUCCACAGCCACCGGUCGUCCAGCUCCCACAGCCCCAAGCUGCCUCUGACACCGUCCAGCUUCCCCUGGCCUUCACAGCCCCCGGCCCUGGGGGGACCGCGUCACCGUCAUCCACCUCCGGCAGGAUGACCGCAACAGGGCGUGGUGAUCACACGCAGGCCCCGCCUUCGGCCGGCUUCCGCUGCUCCUUUUGCAAGGGCAAGUUUAGGAAGAAGCAAGAGCUGGAGCGCCACAUCCGCAUCCUCCACAAGCCCUACAAGUGCACCCUGUGCGAGUUUGCCGCGUCCCAGGAGGAGGAGCUCAUCAGCCACGUGGAGACGGCCCACAUCGCCUCUGAGUCGCCCCAGAGUCAGAGGCCCACCCUGGUGGGCGGCGGCCGGGGCGUGAAGCCCCCUAAUGGGGAGUUCCCCUGCGAGGUGUGCGGUCAGACCUUCAGCCAGGCCUGGUUCCUCAAGGGACACAUGCGCAAGCACAAGGACUCGUUCGAGCACUGCUGCCAGAUCUGCAGUCGGCGCUUCAAAGAACCCUGGUUCCUCAAGAACCACAUGAAGGUCCACCUCAACAAGCUCGCUGCCAAGACCAAGCAGCUGAGACCUAACUCCAAUCCGGCUGAUCCUGAUAUGUCUUUAGGCAUGGCUGGCGUAGCCCCGGAUUCCCACCACCUCUAUUCCCAGUAUGUCUCAAGCCUCCACAGUCCGUUUCUCUCUGGAGAGAGAGCGGGCCACUCAGAGUUCCAGAAGAUCCUUGCCACGGCAGACAUUGGGAUGAAGGUGAAGGAGAUGCUGGGUAGGAUGCUCGCUCCAAGAAACAAUUCAUUGAUGGAGGGGGAGAAUGAUCACCCGUUGUCGGGCUUGAAUCAUCCACUGCCUCCCCUGAGCUCCAGCAGCAUGGAGUAUCAUCUACAGGCGUCUGCCAACGAGAGAGACAACCUCAGCAGUUACUUAGGCUGGCAGGUCAUGGCACCGGGGCUGACUAGAGGUCAGGUAGACCUACACACUGCUGAAGGACAGCAGUGGGCCUACCUGGCUGAGCGGAGGGUGUCAUUAGAUAAGCAACGAGCAUCCGCGAAUGACCCAGAGAUCAAAGCUGUUAGUAGGCCCGGUAGCCCAGAACCGAGCCAUGUGUUGAACGGGAGCUGCACAAGACCUCAGACUGCCAGUACCCAGGAUGACAACAGCAUUCCCUCGUCCCCAGUCCUAGGCGAGGAAAAGCCCUACAGUGACCACAUCAGCGCACCGUCAGCCUCUCUUACUUAUCAUCUGAAUGGCUACCAACACCCCCAGUGGAAUCAGGACACCAGGGACAUCAGAAACUCUUUGUCCUCACAGACGGCGAGCCCCAAAGCCUGGAGCCCUGCCAUGGGCCUCUACAGUGGGCCGGAGGACCCCGGUGAGGGCGGGGGAAACCAGGCCACUCUGGACAUGGACAGGCUAGCGCCCAGCCUGCCCAAUCCAUCCAGUCUCCACCGGGCUUAUGGACCUCCGGCUGGGAGGGAGGACCAUGUGGACCCGCCGGGUCUUCACCGGUCCAUACAGUCCUUCAUCAAUGGCCUGACGACCAGCGUGCUGAAAGGAGGCCGGAAGAGGAGGGCAGCGGGGGCUCGGGUCAGCUCUGGGCGCGGAGAGCCGGGGAGCGCUGAGGGGGAGGAGCGUGUCGGAGCCGGAGGGAGUGGCCGGGGCGGUGAGGGGGAGUCUGUGGCCACACACAGUACGAACAGGUCCCAGUACGAACCUCUGGACCUGUCCCGCAGACCCGACUGGUUGGUGUCGUCUCAGGCUGCCUCAGCCCACAACAACAGACCUCUCGGGGAAGUGACUGGGUUACUCCAGCCGCACAGCCCUGGGAGUAAUGGUUCCCCCUCCUCCAGUACUAACAGGCUGCAGGCGCCCACUGGGCAGCACCUGGCCCAGUCUGACUGGUCAGAGCUCGGAUCUGGCACCGGUGGUGACCUGGCGACGCCCACAGAGCUGGAGGACCCGCGCAGCUACGACUCCUCAGCUCCGGACCCAGACGGUGCGCCUGACAACCCUGUGUCUGACAGCACGGAGGGACACGAGAGACCCAACAAGCGGAGGAGGAGAAAACACUGCAGUGAGGAGGUGGCACAGAGGAGGGCUGACUGCCUGCAGGGGUGUCCCGAGGAGACGCAGGAGCAGUGGAGCAGGUCUGUCAUCCGGACUCUCCUCUCUCCGGCGCCGCUGAGGAGGCCGAGGCAGACCUCACGCCAGCAGCCCCCCAGGGACCUCCUCUCAGUCCUGCAGUCCUCCGUUAGACACAACCAGAUGCUCCUCAACGGCCCUGCGGCCAGCUUCAACGGCGGAGGCCUCAAGGAGGGAGCAGAGAUAUUGGGUGGGAAGCCUUUCCAGUGCAAAUACUGCCCCUACAGUGCCACCCAGAAGGGCAACCUGAAAACCCAUGUCCUGUGUGUUCAUCGCCGGCCCUUUGACAGCAGCCUGUACCCUGACAGACGUCUGAGGCGGCCCCAUGCCAACCCGGUCCUGACCCAGCAAGGCUCCACAGGCUCCUCCUACUUCCCCAAAAGCAUGGGCCUGGAAAAGGCUGCUAGGUCCACGCACUCUGGGAGAGAUCUUAUCAUGACAUCAACGUGUGGGACUUGAUGUUGUUGUAGCAGCAGCAUAUGGACAUCUAUAAAUAAGUGAUAAGUUGUUUAGUUUCUUGUGUUGAGGAUGACAGAUGGAGAAUAGGGGGCUGUGUUGUUGGAGAACGAGUUGGAAAACAUGAAGAAAAAAACUUUCAGUGUGAAAAAUAUAUUUAUCUGUAAGGAACCAACUGCCUAUAAUAAAGUGUAUUGUGGUAUGUGGCGU